AUGGAACUCUAUUUAAAAGAAUUGAUUGAUGUACAUAAAAAGAACAAUAAUGUCUACAUUUACGUUGAUUUUCGUGGUGAAACACUUUUAUUCAACGCAUGUGAUAUUAAAAAAUAUAGUGAAAUAGAACAACGUCAAAUAAUUGAACGUUUCUUUUUUAAAUACAUCGAUUUAAUAUCCGAUCCAAUAUUGUUUGAAAUAAUUCUUGAUCAUCUCUAUGCUGGAGAUUAUAUUUUUCUUUCUGCAAAUACGAAAUCUUAUCUAUUUGAAACACUUGAACUUUGUCCACCAAAACAGUAUCUUUCAUGGAUAUAUAAAAUUCUUGACAAUGAAGGAGAAAUGUCGAAAAUUAAUAUUCAAGCAUUUACAACUUAUGUUGAUAUGAAACGAAAACGUGGUUUAACAAAUGGAGAAAUACGUUAUACAAUGGUAUGUGAAUCAUCAACAACAUUGUUGGAAUUGAUUUUAAGUAAAGUUUAUCGCGAUCGUUUAACAUCAAAACAAACAUGGUUAGCAAUAUUUCGGCUAAAACAAGCUUUAUCAAUGACAAGUUUACAAAAAGAUAUGUUUAACGAAUGGCUUGGUGUUGUUUAG